CUGACAAUAAUUAAAUAAGAAGAAAUAAUCAUCCAUCAAUGGCGCUCGCAAGCGGGAGGGCAACCUCCCUCAUAGCCCUCGCGGCUCUUCUCUCUGUCGUAGGCUUCCUCGCCGGCCCGGCCGCAGCCACGGGGAAGACCGGCCAGGUGACCGUCUUCUGGGGCCGGAACAAGGCCGAGGGCUCCCUCCGAGAGGCCUGCGACUCUGGCAUGUACACCAUUGUCAUCAUGUCCUUCCUCGACGUCUACGGCCACGGCAAGUACAGCCUCGACCUCUCCGGCCACCCCAUCGCCGGUAUCGGCAACGACAUCAAGCACUGCCAGUCCAAGAACAUCCUCGUGUUCCUCUCCAUCGGAGGCUUUGGCAACAAGUACUCCCUGCCGACCUCCCAGUCGGCGGCGGACGUCGCCGACUACCUGUGGAACGCCUACCUCGCCGGCUCUCGCAGGGGUGUGUCCCGCCCGUUCGGCGACGCGGCUGUCGAUGGCAUCGACUUCUUCAUCGAGCAUGGCUCGCCAGACCACUACGAUGAGCUGGCCAGGUGCCUCUGGAGCUACAACAAAGCCUACCGCGCCAGGACGCCGGUGCAACUGACGGCGACGCCGCGGUGCGCGUACCCAGACCAGCGCGUGGAGCGGGCGCUCGCCACGGGGCUAUUCGGGCGCAUCCACGUCAGGUUCUACGGCGAUCCGUCCUGCGCCGCCGACUGGCAGCGAGAGUGGGACAAGUGGACGGCGGCGUACCCGGCCGCCCAGAUCUACGUGGGCCUGCCGGCCUCGGAGCAGACGGUCGGCUACGUGCACCCCAAGAACCUCUACUACGGCGUGAUCCCGGUGGUGCAGAAGGCGGCCAACUACGGCGGCAUAAUGAUCUGGGACCGGUACGACGACAAGCGGACCAACUACAGCAGCUAUGCCAAGGAAUGGGCUUGAGCUCCAUCCAUCGAUCCAUGCCUCAUCCUCACUCUCUGUGUAUCAUCUGUUCUCUCUCUCUCUCUCUCUCUCUCUCUCUCUGCAUGUGUUUGUUUAUCUUACUGUAAGUAGCUACUAGUGCUAGCGAGCUUGCAAUAAUAAAGUGAGGCAUGUGCAAGAAUAAACGGUUAAUUGUUGUUGGUUUAAUUAUUAUUAUCUGCUCCGUCA